AUGGGCUGUAUGAUCCAAGCGAAGCAGUGGACACCAAGUGCGAUCUGCCCAGUCCGGCCGCUUAAAAUCGUUUGGAGCACAAACCUGCACGAAAAAGUUGGCGAAGAAGUAGCCGACGACGAUCAGGAUAGCACCCAGAGAGCCUGCAACUCGGUCGAGCUGGAUGUACCAAAUCAUGUAGAUGACGGAAACGAGGCCAAGAAGCUUAACGACUCGGCGAACGGAUCGAGGGCUGCUAACAUGCACAGCCACGUGACGAUGAUCGGCCAGAUGCAAGCAAAGUGA